UAAGAUAUAUAUUUAUCUUUUUGCAGAAAAACCUUGUGAUUUGCCACACAUAGAAAAUGGAAAAAUUGCCCACUACUAUUAUAAUUUUAAAAGUUACUAUUUCCCUAUGCGUAAAGCAAAAAAACUUUCCUAUUCAUGCAUGGUUGGUUAUACAACUGAAAGUGGGACUCAAGAUGGAAGAAUAACCUGCACAGCAAAAGGAUGGUCUCCAAUGCCACGGUGCUACAAAAAAUGUAACAAACCUCUUCUGGAAAAUGGCUUUUUUUACGGUACAGAAAUGUACUUCAAAAUACAGGAGAAACUGCAAUACAAAUGUAAUCCAGGCUACCACACUCGAAGCGGCAGCACUGAGGAUACAGUACAAUGUCAGCCAGAAGGAUGGUCCUCCCAGCCAAGCUGCACUAAAAAAAUCGAGUCAUGUCAAGUACCCAAUUUACAUCAUGGCAGCUAUUUCACAGCCAAAGAAGAGCUUCGAUUGAACGAAACACUGCUGUACAAAUGUCAUGAGGGGUAUCAUACUGCAGGAGGAAACACCACAGAAGCAGCAAUGUGUCUGCAACAUGGCUGGUCCCUUACUCCAAACUGCACUAAAAUAACUUGUUCCUCUUUGAGUGCAAUAGCACAUGGAAGUUUCUAUCCUGUGAAGAAAAUCUAUGAAGAGGGAGAUGUAGUUCACUUUUUCUGUGAGGAAAAUUAUUCUGUCAGUGAAUUUGACCUAAUUCAAUGUUAUUAUUUUGGAUGGUAUCCAGACCCUCCAGUGUGUGAAGAUGUAAAAAAUAAAUGUCCUCCACCACCACUUCCUCCUCAUGCCCGUAUCAUCACAGUUAGAAGAACAUAUCAUAAUGGAGACAAAGUUCUCAUACAGUGUCGAAGUACCCUUGAAAUAAGAGGAUCAGAGGAAAUACAGUGUGAAAAAGGAAAAUGGACAUCACCUCCUAUUUGUAUUGGUUAG